AUGCCUCAAGUCAGAAACCCUAUUCUCCCCGGGUUCAACCCGGACCCCUCCAUUUUGAGGGUCGGAGAUGACUACUACAUCGCAACAUCUACGUUCGAAUGGUUCCCUGGUGUCCAGAUCCAUCACUCUAAGGAUCUUGCGAAUUGGGAACUCGUCACCCGGCCCCUGAACCGGAAAAGCCAGCUGGACAUGCGUGGUAACCCAGACAGCUGCGGCAUCUGGGCUCCCUGUCUCACUCACGAUGGAGAGAAGUUCUGGCUUGUUUACACGGACGUCAAACGUAAGGAUGGCUCCUUCAAAGACAGCCACAAUUACAUCGUCACUGCGUCCUCCAUCGAAGGACCUUGGUCUGAUCCCUUUUAUAUCAACUCCUCCGGCUUCGACCCCUCGCUCUUUCACGACGAUGACGGCAAAAAGUGGUUCGUCAACAUGAUGUGGGACCAUCGUCGCCGGUUCAGCGCCUUCACGGGAAUCGUUCUGCAGGAGUUUGACCCCAAAGCAGGUAAACUAGUCGGUCCUAAGAAGAACAUCUUCAGAGGCACCGAUCUGUCUCUUGUCGAAGGCCCCCAUCUCUACAAAAGGAACGGAUGGUAUUAUCUCCUCACCGCUGAGGGUGGUACCGCCUACGAGCACGCCUGCACUCUAGCCCGCUCUCGCGACAUUCAAGGGCCGUAUGAGCUUCACCCGCAAAAGUACGUCAUCACGUCGAAGGAUGCACCUUUUGCAGCUCUUCAACGUGCGGGACAUGGUGACAUCGUGGACACCCCCGAAGGCAAGACAUACAUGGUUCACCUAACAGGUCGUCCCAUAACACAGAACAGACGAUGUGUGCUGGGUCGUGAAACGGCGAUCCAAGAAGCGUACUGGGGCGAAGACGAUUGGCUGUAUGUCAAAAACGGCCCCGUACCGUCGUUGUUUGUUGAGGUGCUGGGUACGAGAGAUGACACUGCAUACUGGGCGGAGCAGCGGUACACAUUCGAGAAUGGAUUGCAUAAGGAUUUCCAGUGGUUGCGCACGCCGGAACCCGAGCGUAUCUUCUCGACUGAGGGAGGAAAGCUCACUCUUAUUGGAAGAGAGUCUAUCGGGUCGUGGUUCGAGCAGGCUCUGGUCGCUCGUCGUCAGACCCAUUUCUCUUAUGACGCAGAGACCAUUGUCGACAUUUCGCCUACCGACGAGAGAGAGUUUGCGGGCCUGACAGCCUACUACUGCCGUUAUAACUUCUUCUACAUCACGGUCAGUGCCCACGAGGACGGCAAAAGGGAACUGUUGAUCCAAAGAUCUGAGUCAUCGUGGCCCGAUGGCAAUCUCUCGACUCCUUUCCCAGACCCGGUAUCGCUGCCUGAUUCGGGUAAGGUCAGACUGGCAUUGACGAUCCGGGGACCAAAGCUCCAGUUCUACUACGCCCUCGAGGGCGAAGAGCUGAAGGCGGUAGGGCCCGUGUACGAUGCAUCGAUCAUCUCCGAUGAAUGCGGUGGUCACCAGGCACACGGUAGCUUCACUGGUGCUUUUGUCGGUGUUGCUGCUUCAGAUCUGAAUGGCACGGCGAGAAAGGCUUCUUUUGACUACUUUAUCUAUCGACCUGUUCAUGAUGUAACAGACCGCUAUGAGAUCUGA